UUUAAUCUGACAUCUCACAUGCAGAGAAAAUAACAAUAUUUUUAAAGUUCUAUAUUCAUUUAACACUGUUGAUACUCAUAAUUAUUUAAAAGGUUUAAGCAUCAAAUUAAAUUGAUAUUUUCAAUAAAUAUAAAUGCUCUUUACCAACUGUUUACGUGUUUACUCGGUUGCUUGGACAUCUAAAAAUAGACGCCAAAAAUUCCGGUUUUAAAUAUACCAACCAAUCAAAAUGUAUACAUAUGACGAUAUUUUCUCCACGCUGGCAAGACAUACGUUGUUUAAAAUGACUUCAAAAAUGAAAUGUGAAAUAUUUCAUGUGUCGGGUGAAACGAUUGACACAAAAACCGUAUAUAAAAACGCAGAGAAGUUAGAAUCAGCAGGCUUAAUGAGGAGGGAAUUAAAUAAAGUAGCACACACACAGGAAACUGCUACGCGUGCUUUGUUUAUUUUACGGCAAAAUGGGGUUGUUUCUUUCAAAACUUAGUAAAUUGUUCGAGGAUUGGGGUACUUCGCAGGCGAGAAUCUUGAUGCUUGGAUUAGAUGCAGCUGGAAAGACAACAGUACUCUACAAGAUCAAACUGAAUGAAACAGUAGCAACUAUCCCUACCAUUGGAUUCAACGUAGAAACUGUAACACCUGUGAAAGGCCUCACAUUCACUGUGUGGGAUGUCGGCGGCCAGGAUAAAAUCAGACCACUAUGGAGGCACUACUUCCAAAACACUGAAGGUCUGGUCUAUGUCGUAGACAGCGCAGAUCGGGAGAGAAUGUCAGAGGCCCGGGAGGAACUGUUCGGUAUUCUAGAAAGCGACGAGAUGAGAGGCGUACCCGUCUGCAUUAUAGCGAACAAACAAGAUCUCCCAAAUGCUCUGAACCCAUCGAAAAUUAUUGAUCAACUAAACUUACACAAGCUCACUGGGCGGAAGUGGUAUGUCCAAGCUUCGUGUGCAACUACCGGAGAAGGUAUUUACGACGGAAUGCACCAGCUAGCUUCAAUGGUGAAAGAAUUUAAGAAAGGACACUGAAUUAUAUCAGCCAAUUAAAUAAUACAAAACUUUCAAAUAAGCAGGAUGAACUCGGUUAAUAAUGGUUCCGGAAUGAUGAAUCUCGGCUCAGAAGUUGUGAUAGAAAAAUGUAAAAUGCUAUAAAAUGGCAGUGGAAACCAAACAUCACAAACGUAUAAAACUGACCUGACGUGUUAAAAUUUUGGGUACGUGCAAUAUUUUACUGAACUGUGUAUGUUUGAGAAUUUUGCCUCUUGGCUAAUAUCUGUUAGAUAAUGCAACGACACAAUGUAAAAGAGUAAUAGAUAUCCAAACAAACAUUGACUAUAACAUGUUUUAUUCAUAUCAUGAGCAAUACCAUUCCUUUACACGUGUUCAUAUUUCAUUAUAUUGUCCGGACUUGUAAAUUAUUAGUAUUAGCCUUUUGUUAUUUAUUUCAUUGUAAAUAUAUUAAUAUUGUAUUAUUUAUCUUAAUGUAAAUAUGUAAAUUUUAA